CUCGGAGGCUUCUGGGAAAUGUAGUUUUCAGGUCAAUGUCAUGAAGAAGCGGUUUCAGGUAACCGGAGGGGUGACAAUGAAUGGAAAGGGCGGUGGUGAAUGAGAGGGUUUAAAGGGGGCAAAGAGAAAGCGUGGAAAGUGACUUUGAGCUGGGGGAAGAAGAAAGGGUCGGUUGCGAUACGGUCACCUCGUUUGCUCUACUUGGUGACAAACCCAUUUUUUUUACACGGAAGGAAAAUAGGAAGGAGAUUUCCUCAGUUUUGUAUUAAAUCACCAGGAUCCUCCUCCUAUUCUCUUUAGAACAUGACUGAACAAUGCUAAAGCCCACACACCUUUUAAAGGGUUCUAUGCUGAGUUUGUUCAAAUUCAUAAUAUAAAUGCAUCAGUUUCUUUAAUAAAUUGGACUGCCGUCAUCUGAAAAAGAGGCCCAAUAAUCUGAUAAACCAGCCUCACCUAUCAUGGAUGCUUUCUACCGCAAUGGGAUUUGGUUUGCAGAGAUGCUGCAGACAGUGCCCUGCUUGGAGGAUUUCUGGCUUUGGGUGACCUUCUUGGGUGACCCCAAAUGCAUCUUCGUCAUCUAUUUUCCGAUUGCUUAUUUCUUGGAUCAGAAGGUUGGGGUAAAAGUGCUGUGGCUGGGCUUAAUCUCUGAAUGGCUCAAUUUAGUCUCUAAAUGGUUCUUAUUUGGUGAAAGGCCCUUCUGGUGGGUGUUCGAAUCUGGAUUUUCCAGUCACAGGGCAGUCUCUCUCCAGCAGUUCCCUGCAUCCUGUGAAACGGGGCCAGGCAGUCCCUCAGGCCACUGUAUGAUCACUGGAGCCGCACUGUGGCCAGUUGUCACCACUUUGUCUGCAUGGUCAUUCCAGCGUUCCAAGAGCCAACUGAUAAAGGCACUGCCCUUUAUUGUUUAUCUCCUUCUCCUGCUGGCUGUGGGACUUUCACGCAUCUUCAUCCUGGCUCAUUUUCCCCAUCAAGUACUUGUUGGCAUCCUGGCAGGAAUUGCUGUUGGCAGGCUGCUGGAAUCCAGGGUCCCCCUAGAGAGAGAACUCAGUUUCUACCUGUGGGCUUCGCUGUUCCUUUUGUUAAGUACCUUGACAACCUAUUGGACUUUGAUAGCUCUUGGCAUAGAUCUGAGCUGGUCAAUCAACCUUGCUACCAAGUGGUGUGCCAAUCUUGAGUGGGUCCGCAUUGACACACGACCCUUUGCGUCACUGAGUCGUGAUGUGGCUACAACCCUGGGGCUCGGGCUGGCUCUCCACUCCUCUUACUACACCCAGCUCAAAUGGGAGAAGCUCAGCCGGACUCAGAAAAUCUGGUGUGCCAGCUUGGCCACCGUGGUCCUGAAAGUCUUGAGUGACACAAUGCAACUGGAAAAUGUGGCUCUCUGGUAUGGGCUGACCUUUGUUAAAUAUGCCACAUUCCCUUGGGUGGUGGUAGCACUGCUGCCCAGACUGCUAUGUGCUGUGGCCUCCAAGACCUCACCACACCAAGAGUAGCUAGCAGGGGAUCCACGUCCCUUGAGGAGCAUAGAUGGCAAAUCUAGUAUGUAUCAAAGUGUUUUACCUUUGGACAUUUCUCAUCUUGCUUUGUGACACAUUUUUUCCCAUGGGUGAAAAUGCUGUAUCAACCAAAAACGGUUCUUUUGGAAAGUACAGCUUUUUCAUUCACUCACGCCAUGAUCGCAUUUUCUCUGCUAGUCUAAAAACAAACAAAAAUUCUUCACCCAAUCUUAAACUUAUGUUGUUUCAAAUCCGCCCCCCUCCCCAUCAUUUGCAAGCUAAAGCAUCCCUGUGCACUACUCACAAAUACAAGGGAAUUACUCUUUAUAUUAAAGUCUCAAAGUGAAAACCAAAGAUUUAGGUUAGAUAUGUGAUGGAGAAGGGAGGAAGGAGUCCUGCAAACUCUUUACUUAGCAUGGCAGUGGGAUAAUCUUAUUCUUUAAAAACUUGUCUUACUGAAUUAGGUCAGGUGAGACUUGAUCUAUAAAGACAGGAGUUGCUGGGUUCUCUUCUCCCCAAUAGAAAAACCUCAGUGCUUCCUGCUCAGGUAACCAACACCUCCAGGUUCAAAUUUCCAAUGUUAGUAGCCAUGGCUGCACGCAUCUCUGUUCCUCCGUCAUCACUGUGUGAUCCAACUCAGACUGGUAAAGCCUUUCAGACUGCCUCUGACUUCCCUCUUUUAGUCACUAUGUUCCAUAACGAGCUCAGUUAUGUACCCAUGUACAUGUGUUAAGAAACAUCACUGCUUUUUUUACAAGGAGGUAGUGCAGGAGGCAAAUAUUGUAGUGGCAUGAAGAGGUCCAAAGGCGAUCUACCCCCUCAGACACAAAACAACUGCUGUCCUAGAUUUUGGUGUGCUCCUCUCAUUCUUUAUCAAGUAUUAUUUUUUAAAAUCAAAACCUUGAUAUUGUAAUAAACUGAAA